GGCUGGCGUUCAAGCAGUCAAAAAAGGAAGAAAAUAUAGAUAAUUGUUUGAAAAUCGCUGUCGUUUGAUGGUUGAGCCUCGGGCGCUGGCGGAUCUGCAGCGAUGAGGAUCCGGCUGCAGGGACUGGGCCACGCCGCGGGUCUCCUCGCCGAGCUCAACCGCUGCCGGCUGUCCCGCGUGCUGUGCGACGUGGUCCUGCAGGUGGGCGGGCGGUCGUUCCCCGCGCACCGCGCCGUGCUGGCGUGCGCCGCCUCCUACUUCCGGAGCCUGUUCUCUGAGGGUGCCGGCGCGGGCUCCCGAGGCGGAGUCACAGCCGCCGUCACGCUGGAGUUCAUCUCCCCCGCCAACUUCGAGAAAGUGCUCACCUUCAUCUACACGGCAGAGAUCUUCACCGACCUGAUCGAUGUGGGGGUGCUGUACGAGCUGGCGGAGAGGCUGGGCGUGCGGGAACUCGUGCGGGCCUUCCACGCCACCUUCCCCGACCUGCAGGGGACUAGCCCGGCGGACGGCACCGCGGAUGGGGACCCGGAGCGCGGUGCUGCCCCUGCUGCGGUGCCCUCCAUCUGCUCCUCGUCAUCCUCGCUGUCGUCGUCCGCCGGCUCCUCCGCCGCCCCCACCCCGGCCGCGCUCCAGCCCCUCCCUCAGGACAGGGCAUCCGGGCUGGGCCGCGGCCACGUGCCCCCGCUGCUGCUCUCCCAAACGCCCAAGGCGGAGGACAUGGAAUCCCUCCUGGAGUACAGCCAGAUGGCGGAGAAGAAGCCCCUGCCGCUGGAGCAGAGCCCGCUGGAGGCCCAGCCCUCACACGUCGUGAGCUCCCUCCCUCUGCACCUCAAGAUCGAGGAGGACGUGGAGGGGGAGGGGGUGGGCGACAGCGGGGGCGGGCAGGCCGUCGUCAGCGAGGGGACGCCCGGUGCCCCGCCCUCGCGCCCAUGCCUGCCGGAGGCGUGCUCCCAGCCUGACUCGUCAGCGCACCCAGUGACCGAGACGUGCGCCCCUUCCUCGUCCUCCGGGGAGCCCCCGGACGGGCCGCAACCAGGCGGGGCGGAGGGCGGGGUGGGGCUCGGAGCGGGAGAGGUGCUGCUGGAGGAGGACGAGGAGGAGGACGAGCGGGGGCGGGGGCAGGGGCGGCCCCAGGGGGAGGGCCCAGAGAGCGCAGACCAGUGGGGGAGUCUGGCAGGGGAGAUCAUCGAGCUGAGCGAUGAUGAGGAGACCUACAUGGAGGAGGAAGAGGAGGAGGAGGAAGAGGACCUCGUGUGCGUGGAGAACGGCACCGCAGCGGGGUUGAGCAGGGGUCAGACGGGCAGCUCGGCGGCGUGCAAGGCGUGCGGGGUGCCGCUGCCCGCCGAUGCCGCCUCCAUCCGGGCCCACGCCGAGACGCACCUCUCGGAGACGGGCGCGUGCCGCGUGUGCGGUGCGGUCUUCCCCGACCGCGGGGCCCGUGUCACGCACGCGCUCUCACACGUGGGCAUCCUGCUCUUCUCCUGCGACAUGUGCCGGCUCCAGUUCUGCAGCCAGGCCAGGCUGAUCCGCCACCGGCGCCUGGCCGCCGCCAGCAUCCCACUGCCGCAGCCCGGCCAGCACAACAGCGCCCUCCAGGGGCCGGGGGCGGACCUACACUGUGCUGUUUGCACCAAACCCCUACUCAAGGACUUCCAGGCGGUGAGGGAGCACCUCCUGACGCACGUGUGUGUGCAGUCUCUACGCUGCGCGGUGUGCCAGCUGCCCCAGCCCUCGCUCUGCACCCUCCUGUGGCACGCCCUGACGCACCUCUCCCUGCCCGUCCACUCCUGCCCGUGCUGCGCCUGCAGCUUCCUGGAGCGCCACCUGCUGGAGAGACACAUGGCCGUGCACGCAGGGGAGGGGAGGGACGGUGAGGAGUGCCCCGAGUCUGGGGGAGAUGGGCUCGGGGAGCUGCGCUGCUGCCUCUGCCCCCAGACCUUCCGCUCCGCCUCCGCCUUCCAGUACCACCUGAGCCUCCACUCCUGCGAGCCCCAGGGUGGCGGGGGGGCGUGGCAGGGCAAGCGCAAGGCGGAGCAGGUGCUGGAGUACUCCUCCCCCUGCUCCUCGUCCUCGCCCCUGGAUAUGGGCGGCCUGGGGAAGCUGGGGGGCCUGGGCUUCGGGGUGGGUGCGGGGGGGCUAUUGCAGGGCACCGUGCCGGGCUUCCCAGCGGGGCUGCUCCCCGGGGGUAGCCCGACAGGCGGCAGUCCCAACGGGGCAGGCCAGCCGGGCGCAAAGGCCAAGUGGUACCGCUGCCGCUUCUGCGGCAAGCGCUUCGCCCACUCGGGUGAGUUCACCUACCACCUGCGCAUCCACACGGGCGAGAAGCCGUACCAGUGCAAGGUGUGCCUGCGCUUCUUCCGCGGCCGCUCCACCAUGAUCUGCCACCUGAAGACGCACGCUGGUGCCCUCAUGUACCGCUGCACCGUCUGCGGCCUCUACUUCUCCACGCUCAAGCUGGUGUCCUCGCACAUGGAGCUGCACAAGGACUGCCUGCCGCCCGACUUCAACAUCGAGCAGACCUUCAUGUAUAACGACCACUCCAAAGAGCCGCUGCCAAACCCGGACAGCUGAUCGGCUCCCACCUCCCGCUGCCAGGCUGCCUCUUCCUCCCGCUCUCCAGUGCCCUCGGCCUCUCCCGC